AAAACAACUAUCAACAAUUCCCAGACGAAGCUACACUCGAUUGCCUCCCUUUCUAAGCUGACUCGUCUCUCCACCACUUCUGCCACCGCCACACCCACCGUCGUCUGCACCAAGCUCAUCGCCGUCUAGGAAACUCAAUGCCCGCCCAAAAACGCUCGCUUGAAACCACCACACCAUCUCCCUCCCCACCGCCGUCGCUCGAGCCAGAUAAACCUGAUGAUUCGCUUAAAGGCAGCGAGAAUCAAGACACGAAGGAAAAGGAGGACGCCUGCGAUUCAGACGAGAGCCGUGAAUCUAGCGACGGAGAGAAAGACGAAUUUAUUGCUGUGAAGUUAGGAGAAAUACGGAAGGAAGUGCAGUGUCCAAUAUGUCUAGGUAUCAUUAGGAAGACAAGGACAGUUAUGGAAUGCUUGCAUCGGUUCUGCAGAGAAUGCAUUGACAAAUCUAUGCGCCUAGGAAAUAAUGAAUGCCCUGCUUGCCGAACACAUUGUGCUAGUCGCCGUUCUCUGAGAGAUGAUCCAAACUUUGAUGCUUUGAUUGCCGCUCUAUAUCCAGACAUUGAUAAAUAUGAGGAAGAGGAACUGGCCUUUCAUGAAGAGGAGAAGGCUCGCUAUAAGCAGAUUCAAGCUUCAAUUGCCCAAACUUUUCGUCGACAAGCAGAAGCACUGGGAAAGAAAAGAACCUCGGCCAGGCUCACUGCAGCCUCGAUUAUAAGGAGGCAGAACAAUUAUAGAAACUUGAGGGGCCGCCGAAACCAUCAAGUUGCUGAAAACCAUGGAUCUGAAGAAGAGGAAGGAGCUCAUACAAAUGAUGGUGGCAAGGAUUCAUCGUCUGCUGAUGAACGUUGUGCUGAAGUAAAAUUUAAAAGAUAUAAAAGAUCAAGGGGAGCUCGGGCUUCACAACAAGCAUCCGGAUCCCGUGCAGAUGGAAACAAUGCUGGUAAUGGUAGAGAAGCCAACAAAGAACUACUUGGUGCUUCACCUGCGGUAAUUAGCAGCGCUGAAAAUCUUGCCUGGGGAAGAGGUGGUUUGCGCAGUAAUAACCGCCAUGGUGGGAUUGGUUGGGCUGGUGGCAAACUUUCCAGGAAUAACCGGAUUGCAAAGCUAGUAAAUCAUCUCGAAUCUUUAAAUGAAAACAAUGAGUUAAAAGUUAGUCUUAAACUUGUUUCGUUGCUCAAGGAUAACAUUCCCCACUUGAAAAGGCCAUACCUCUGCUGCAGUACUAAAACAUCGGUUGGGCACUUAUGUCAGUAUGUUGCCAUGCAAACAUCCACACAGGCUGAUGAAAUUGAAAUGCUAAUAGUAAAAGAUUGUGAUCUUAUGAACAACCAGAACAAUCUUACAGUCUUAAAUUCAAGUGACAAUCAGUUGCAGCAACUGAAUGAGCAUCUGUUGUUGGGGGAAAUUCGUUCUAGUUUUAGUAAGCAAAAUCUGGUUUUCACAUACCGGAAAAAGCCUCAAAGCUAAGAAUGCUGAUGAAGCCAAAAGUCUCCUACUCUCAUGAAAGGAAACUGCAGAAAUGUGAUGAAGUAAGUUAUCCCCGGUGUGUCUAUAUAUAUAUAUAUAUGUGUGUAAGAUAUGGGUACUUUCAUAUUUUGCUCGACUGUGCUAGCUUGACAAGCCAAAUUUUCUUAUAUACAAAAGUAUUUUUAGAAGCUAUAGGUUUUUGGAAAAAAAUUAAAUGAAUUGGUUAUUUGCUGACAAGACAAUGCCUCCAUCAAAAUGCCUAUUAUGACAUGUGUGGAUUUUUAUCUCAUAUAUAUAGGUUAGUAGUCAUAUUGUAUGCUUUACGUAUAUGGUGGUAUUUCCUAUUUUGGCUUUAAUCUCAACCAAAGAUUUGAAUAAGUCGAGUGCACCGACGAAUAAUUAUGAAUAAAUCUGGCACUUGUGAUUUCCACAUUCA